AUGGCCAUGGUGGCGCAGCUCGCCACACCCGGUGGCUAUGGAGUCACGCAGACGGAUAGCAAUGGCGUGAAAGUCAUUACCAGCAACGAGGGCGAAGUCUUAGGCUUCUCAGUGAGCCAGGCCGCCCAGGUGUACACCAUGGUGGAUCGAAUACUUCAGAGCCAGAGGAUUUUGGCUUUGCCGCUGGCCGAUCGCUACACGCUGGCUGGCAAGGUGGCCGCUGUGCCGGAGGAGCACGGCCGCCUCAUCGAGCGCUUGGCCUCCAAUGUGGCCACCGCCUUCAGCGAGGCUAGCGCGCUGAACGCGCUGUACCUCGUUGACAUCUGCAAGGAGCUGGUGCCUGGGUUCAAGGACAAGAUCCCAGCCGGGCGCCUCGAGAGCGCUGCAGAGCUCACCAACCACCAGCGCGCCAAGGACUAUGUCCUGCAGGGCCAACGGCCAGACGAGUCGGAAGACUCGGACGAGAAAGGGGAAUGA